AUGUCGAGCAUCCCAGUAAAGGAGAACGGCGGAGUGUCAUUUCCCUAUCCGAUGCUAAGUCCUCACAAUUAUACUGUGUGGGCAAUAAAGACAGAGGCGAUCCUUGAUGCCCAGGGAGUCUGGGAGGCGGUGGAGCCAGCGGAAGGAGCCCAGGUGGAUGCAAAGAAGGAAAAAAAGAUCACAACAAAGAAGACGGCGAAGGAAGUCUGGGACAGCCUUAAGACGAGGUACCUUGGUAGUGAUCGGGUGAAGAAGGCACGUGUACAAACAUUGAAGAGCGAGUUUGAUGCUCUCCGGAUGAAAGAGACCGAAACGAUUGAUGAGUUUGCUAGCAAACUCAGCGCCCUAAGCAGCAAGUUCUCCACCCUUGGUGCCAUGCUUGAAGAUUCCUCGUUGGUAAAAAAAUUGCUCGAUUCUGUCCCUGAUAAAUUCUUUCCUAUUGUUGCUGGUAUUGAGCAAUUCUACGACCUUGAGUCUAUACCAUUUGAGGAGGCUAUAGGGCGACUGAAGGCGUACGAAGAACGAACGCUACGACUACGCAGCAACACCAACGACACUGAAGGUGAGCUCCUAUUAACUCAUGCCGAAUGGCAAAUGCGACAGAAGGGGAGCAACGUGGACACUUCGUCAGGAGGAAAGGGGCGUGGGUCCAGCAGCCCUAGUCGUGGAAAAUGGCAUGGACGUGGGCGAGGGCAUGAUCGUGGCUGUGGUACGCAACGCCAAGACGGUGCAGGAGGGACUAGCGGCAACAACAGUGGCACUCGAGACAAGAGACAUAUAAAAUGUUUCAAUUGCGAGAAAAUGGGGCAUUAUGCGUCCGAAUGCUACAACAAGCAGCGUAAUGAUGAGGCUCACCUCACUUGUGCCACCGAUGAAGAGCCGGCACUGAUAAUGACCGUGUCCCACGAGGAGUCUGACACUAGGCGUGAGCGGCAGGAUACCAUUCUGCUCAGUGAAGAUAGGUUGCUACCGGAGAUGUACCGCGGCGUUAAGAAAGAAGAUAAAGACGUCUGGUACCUUGACAACGGUGCCAGCAACCACAUGACUGGCCAUCACGAGAAGUUUCAAGAACUAGAUGAAACCAUUACCGGGAGGAAACUGGGAACGAAGUGCACAUGGAGAAAGAUAUCAUGA